AUGACACUGGAGAAGAAGAAAGGGAUGGGCAGCCACGAGCCGAAGCCUACCCCACCUCGCGCAGGCCCAGACAAUGGAAGCACUGGACAUUCUGACCUAGAUCCCAAGGCUGCGCCUGUGAACACGAGCCCCGAUGAGCAGCCGAAGCAACAGCUGUCUGCCUUCAAAGGACUCGGUCUUCUCGAUCCUAGCUCCCUUCCUCAUGGUGAAUCUCGUCACCCGCUUGCCCUGGCCUGGGCUUUUCUCCCUGAUAAGCCAGAGCUUCGCACCGGUCUUAUUCUCGUGGGCCUUGGGAGAUGUAUUGCGAUGGUCCUCAUUUGGAACAGUCUCGCCGGCGGCAGCGACGAAUACUGCGCCAUCCUCGUCGCUAUCAACUCGAUACUCCAGAUGGUCCUCUUCGCCCCCUUGGCCAUCUUCUUCAUCCGCGUCAUCAGUCAUGAAUCGGGUACGAUCGAUAUAUCCUACAGUGUCGUUGCAACGAGUGUGGCUGUUUUCCUUGGCAUCCCGCUUGGGGCAGCUAUUAUUACGCGAUUUGUUCUUCGUAAAGUCGUUGGGCCCGAUUGGUAUCAACAUGCAUUUCUCAAAUUCCUUGCGCCUUAG